AUGUCAUGGUUUCAAGUUCAAAACACAAGGUCAAGCGUAAAAUUGGCCAGGGUAAAAGCGCGACGAUUUGCUAAGAGACUUGAAUCAGAAGAAAAAGGUGCCAAGAAAUUACCUAAUAAUAGUGAAAUUAGCUCAACGCAUUCGAAAGAAUUCGAUCUAUUAAAAAUCAUUGACGUUAAGCAGUGUAUUCAUCCUGCUAUCGAUGUUAACAAUUUGCAAGCGCCGAAAAUUGGAAACAAAAGCUCUCGAGUCUUGAAGAUUAAUAAAGCAUCACAAAUCAAUGAUAUAACUAUGCUAUUCGCGGGAUUAGAAUUUGAUAGAAAUUUAUCGAAGGAAGCGAGAGAGGUUACAGAUCAUUUCAACGAUGAUUCAAUGAUGAGCGCUAUACAUAGUGAAAUAAUUGUGGAAAAAGCACAAAUUGAAUGUGAUAUUGAACAUUUAAAACCGACUGCUAAGUUAAGCCAAGCUAUUGACGAAGCUAUUAUUUCUAAUGGAAAUAUUGAGCUUAAUGAUUCUACUCAAAAAUUUGAGAAAUUCUCUGAACUAGACUUCUCGUCCUUUCAACAAUCGUAUUGGAAUGAUAUGAAUGAUAAUCAUAUUGAAAUAAGUUACAUUCAACAAUGGCUUGAAACUGUGUCAAAUGAAAACCUUCAGAGUGGCAUGUUAUCAGACGUGUUGUUAUUCCAUUAUAUAAGCUUCUUGAUAGCUAUCAACGAGUCAUUUUUCGAUGAACCAUUGAAGAGUAAAAAUUAUCAAAUAUAUGGAAAUAUCAUAACUUCCGAUGGAGAAAAGUUACCAGAAAUUGUGGAGUUUAGUUUGAAAUCGGAUUUUGGAUUUUCAGUAAAUUGGAAUGAAGAAAAUGAAAAAAAAUAUAACGGCCCAAGCGAAGUUGGUUAUUUUGAUGCGAAAACUCGUGAUUUCUCGGUAAAAACUGGUUCUACAGUUUUGCAACUUGAUUCUAAGAGUAUGGUCAAAACAGAAUCUUAUGAUACAAUAAAUUUACAUUAUUCGUUUGCAAACACCUAUGUCGGGGCACCGCUUUCGGAACACAAUACUAUUUCGAUUGAUAUCAAGUGUCCGCCGUUUACUAAAAUCGUUGAUUACAAGAUGGAUGGUUCAGAACUCGAGAUCCAAAUAACAAUAGAAGAAGAUACGAGUAUAGAAUUAAUAAAAAAUAAUGAUCAAUCUGUUGUUGAUAUUCGGUGGUGGGUUUUGGAAGAAUUAGACAAGAUAAAAUAA